AUGAGACUUGGGUGUUUACGAAGAGACGAGGGAGAGGAGGGAGAUAGGGAAGAGGAGGGAGAUGAGGGAAAUGAGGGAGAGGAGGAAAAUGCAGAACAGAAGCAGGAUGGAGAGGUGGGAAACACUGGACAGAAGGAGGAUGAGAAGGGAGACGAGGGAGAGGAGGGGAUGCCUGAAACGGCCAACCCUGCCGCUGCUGUUGCUGCUGCUACUGGUGGUGCUGCUGCUGAUUCUCCUCACGAGGAGUCGGUGGUGGUGUUUGCGGCCUUUGAGUUUGUGCCGUCGCCGCCGCUCUCCCAGCAGCUGCAGGAGUGUGGGCCCAUGCCGGAAGACACGCUCGCCUUCUGCCUCCGACAGGUGGUAGAGGCCCUUCACUCCCUGCAUUCCCACGGCAUCACUCACGGCAACGUCCGUCCCUCCACGGUCUUUGUCCCGGACGAUGGGGUCGUGCGACUGGCCGGUGUCGCUUGGCUGAACUCCGACGGGCACGGGGCGGCCUGUAGACACAGCAGCAAGGACAGCGGAGUUUCUCGCCUGUCUCCUGAAGCUAUCAGAGAGGUGAGAAGAGGGGAGGAACAGUUUAAUUGUGUGACUCUCUUCUUCUUACUUCUUUCUGAUGCCAUUGUUCCGCAGGAAGAGGUGGGCCCACCAUCUGACAUCUGGGCGUUGGGGUGCCUAGCUGUGGCCAUGGCAACAGGAGCAGAGCCUUGGGCUGAUAUCACAGACAGCGAGCAGGUGAAGCUGUUCAUCGCUCACAGUCGAGGCCUACCUGAGCUUCCACCUGACUCUUCACCCGAGUUCACCGACUUUGUCGCAUCCUGCUUGAACCGCGACCCUUCAAAGAGGCCAACAGCCGCAACCCUCAUGAGCCAUCCUUUCCUUGCAGCGUCAUAG